ACCCCAAAGCAAAUGUAACAAGCACACACAGUUUGAAAAUAUAGCAUACUUGAUGUAUUUUCUACUGAUAUUUUCCUAUAAAUAAGAUUAGUUUCGCUACAUUUUCAAUAUUUUAACCUAUACUUGUGUAUUUUCUGUGAUAUUUUGAUUUAGCUGUCUAUGAGUCACAAUGCCUUUGCCCAUUCAGAGGUGCUUCUUCAUCUUCAGUCUUCGACAAGGCACAAUGCUGAUUGCUGUUGUCCAGCUGCUGCUCUCUGCCAUUGGACUGUUCCUGCUGCUGCUGGGUAGCGCUCAUGCACAGGAAAUGGCUACAAUGCUAGAAGCUGACAUAGAAGACUCGGCUCAGCGAGAGGGAAUUGUCCUCUCAUCAGAGGACAGUGGAUUAUUUGGCUCGGAAGUAAUGAUCAACUCAUUCAACCAAAAUGACAUACGGCUCCAUAAAGCGCAACAUCUUGCGAUUGUGGUUAUCAUCACUCUCUACACUGGAGUAGCCAUGACUACAGUUCUCUUGUUCUCCUGCAUUUUAUUGCUCUAUGGAGCUAUAAUGCACGUCAGACAACUACUGGUACCAUGGAUCAGCGUAGUUCUGCUGGGCCUUGUAUUUUGCUGCACAGCUAUGCUGGUCUCCAUGUUCUUGGCUCAUGGUACGAGGGCCUUCAUCAUACUGGUAGUGGGCAGUCUACAUCUUGCGCUGGGAUUCUACCUGUGGCUGGUUGUCUAUUCCCACUACAGAGAGCUCUGCGAGUUUGAUAGAGUCACUUGCAGUACAUCUCAUCACACCCUCAAACUUGGCUACCUUCACUUCCCUGACAGUGUCUAACUUCCUCUGUACAUUUAUCUAACUCCUUAUGAAUAUUACCAAAACACCCCAGGCCCCUAUACCCCUAAAGAUCUUUCUGAGCAUCUUACUUCAACCUUUAAGUUUCUCUAACGGCUGAACGAUUGUCCUGAAAGUCCCCUUUUAAUGAGUUAACUGAUCAGUCUAAAUAAUGAUAUAAUACUUUUCCUAAAUACCCGACCUCCAUAUUUGCUUGCUGAUUACUGUAAAAUACUGUCAUUCCUAUUUUCACUCUACAUCUAUGAAAAAAAACCGCCGCAGCAAACCUGCCGACUAAGCGAAUUUCCAUUUGUCGGAAUUGAUUUUCAAUUAAAUCUAUUUAAAUAACAUUAGUUUUAACAAGUACCUAGGUUUGCUGCUACAAGGAAAACUAAUAAAGUGUGUUUUUUAGUCAAAUAUAAAUAGCUUAGUAUACAGUAAAUAAAUUUGCCAAGUUUGAUCAAAAAAUAUCCAUAAACAAGCAAACUACAACAUUUUACAAUAUUCUGUAUUUUUGUUAAAAAAUGUCAACAUGACUAUGACCUUAGUGUAGAAAGAAGUCGUUGAUAAUUAAAAUUAGUUUAAAGGGUACUAAUGUUUUUAAAUAUAUAUAUAUAUAUAAAUUUGAACGAAUGGUGUUUUUAGCCUCUGGGGACAUCAAAAUGAAAAAAGUAUAUUGGUCCCGGGCCUAGGUCUUACCAUGGCCACAUACGGUAAUAGCUACUUCCCAAUGGGGAAAAUUGCUAAAAUUAGGUAAAUCCUCUUGUAUGGAGUUAUUUUGGAGUGACUUUGGUUAUUCCAACCUCAUCAUAUCAUCAUAUUAUAACUUAUACAUAAAAUUACACAUUUUUACUACAAAAGUGCUAUAAUCAAAUCUUAAUGGUAUUAUGCAACAGUAAUUGUAUUUGUUAUUUUUUUCAACAAUUAUAUACAGGACCUUUAGCUAAUUUGGUGGUGGUACCUUAAAGUGAAAUUUGGAUUUCUUGAUAAGAACCACUGAUUUUUCAUGGUUCACUUUUAAUAUGCAAUACGUUUUAAGCAAUAAUAUUUCAUAAUGAAUCAUAUUCAUAAACAUAUCACUUUUACUGGAGUAGACCUGCCACAAAUCUAGCAGUUUUUUCAACUCCUACAUAAUUCUAGAGUAAUUUGGCAAUACAGUAUCAAAUCAUCCUUCACGUAGUCUACUCUUGUUGUUUGUCAGCAUCAAAAUAAAUUAAGUACAUAAAGCAUGAACAUUUCUAAAUGAAACCUCACUAAAACAGUCCCAUUAAUAAAUGACACCAGUAAAUAAUUAAGAGUACAUAAUCAUAUUGAAGUAAUUAUUUUAAUGUAUGAUGAAUAUUAAUAUUUUUAAAAAAUUUGAAAUUGUUUGUCCUAUACUUUAUCAAACCAUUGAUGAAUUACUUGACAUUAUUUAAAAGUAGAGUGAAAAUGGAGGAUAUUAAACCAAGAUUAAGAUUGUAAUAAAUGGUGUAAUAAACAUAUAUGUAAACUGUUUCAAUGUGGAAAAAAUCAUGUUGUUUAAAGAAAUCUGUUACUUUAAUUAAGUUAAAAAUAUAUAGUGAUCUAAACAUGUAGGUUUAAUUAAGUUUAAGUUAUUGAUUUAUUUAAAAAUAACUAAUGUUUUGGGAUAUUAGUGCUUCAAGCACAUUUUUAAUUGAUUAAACCUGUGAUAAACUAAACUAAACUUAUUACAGUAGACCCCCUCUUAACAAUCCCUAGCGGGACCGGGACCUAAGUCGUGUAACUCAAAAGGUCGGUUAAAACUGGCAAUCCCUAAAAACUUAAAAAAAAUUAAAUGCUAAUAUUUGGAAUUAUAUGAUCAUUAUUCUGAAGUUGUGCGUGUAUUAUUUACAAAAUAAACUACGCUAACCUCCUUUUCUUCUUAAGGAUUGACGAUAAAAGACACAAAUAAACCCUACACAUGGUAAAGACAAGUACUUUCAGUGGAAUAAAUCAUAGUCCUAGGCAAGAAUCAAUAAAAAUUAAUACCUUUAGUAAUAUAAAGUGAUGUUUUCAAAAUAUAUGGUAAUACAGUAAGGAACUUAUUGUCGAAAUUAAAGAUACGAGCAACCAUUUCGUUAAGAGACAAGAUGAUUAUUUACCAUAAAUACAAAAUAACAAAUUCUUAGCAACAUCCUGUCGAGUUUAGUGUAUUGUUUCCAUUACCAAGCGUGGGAGCGGAAAUUCUGAGAUUCCUAGA